AAACUGAAAGAUGAGAGAGUGGAUAUAUCUUUAUAUUAUCUGGUAAUUUGAUAUUAAAAUAGUAAACUAAUUACAUAAAUUGAAAUAAAGUCGUUUAGUAAUUUUAUUUGUUCCAUUUAACGUUGAUUGCAUGCAGGAGAUCAAUCUUUGUGGCGUUACCGUAUAAUUAUAAUAAAAAAUACUGGCAGCCCUCAGCUCUAAAAUAUAUGCAUUUAACGCGACAAACAAGUUCAUAGAUUGGUAUUUCAGUAUUUUUAUACAAAUACGUGUGAUUAGCACAAGGAAUAGGGGAGAUAUUGCAUAUUUAUGCAUCAGUCCUGAUUUCCAUGGUGACAAUUUAAAGUUGAGAAAUGGCAUCAUCAAAUACCCUGCAGAAGGCCAUAGACCUUGUCACAAAAGCUACUGAAGAGGACAAGAAUAAAAAUUAUGAAGAAGCAUUAAGGCUUUAUGAACAUGGUGUAGAGUACUUUCUUCAUGCUGUGAAAUAUGAGGCACAAGGAGAACGAGCUAAAGAGAGUAUUCGGGCUAAAUGUCUCCAGUACUUAGAUAGGGCAGAGAAGCUGAAGGAAUAUCUUAAGAAAGAUCGCAAGAAGAAACCAGUGAAGGAUGGUGAAUCAAAUUCCAAAAGUGAAGAUAAGAAGAGUGACAGUGACAGUGAUUCUGACGAUCCAGAGAAAAAGAAAUUACAGGGAAAACUUGAAGGAGCUAUUGUUGUGGAAAAACCUCAUGUGAAAUGGAGUGAUGUGGCUGGUUUGGAGGCUGCUAAAGAAGCUUUGAAGGAGGCUGUCAUUCUACCAAUAAAAUUCCCACAUUUGUUCACUGGUAAGAGGAUACCCUGGAAGGGGAUCCUGCUUUUUGGGCCUCCUGGUACUGGUAAGUCAUACUUAGCUAAAGCUGUGGCUACAGAAGCUAAUAAUUCAACAUUCUUUUCUGUGUCCUCAUCUGAUCUUGUGUCCAAAUGGCUUGGUGAAUCUGAGAAAUUGGUGAGAAACUUAUUUGAUCUUGCACGACAACAUAAACCAAGUAUUAUUUUCAUUGAUGAAAUUGAUUCCCUUUGCUCAUCACGUUCUGAUAAUGAAUCUGAAUCGGCUCGAAGGAUCAAAACUGAAUUCCUGGUUCAAAUGCAAGGUGUCGGUAACGAUAUGGAUGGCAUUUUAGUUCUGGGUGCUACAAAUAUUCCAUGGGUUCUUGACGCAGCUAUCAGGAGACGUUUUGAGAAGCGUAUUUACAUAGCACUACCAGAAGAGCACGCGCGUCUUGAUAUGUUUAAACUGCACAUGGGAAAUACGCGACACCAGCUUUCAGAACAAGAUCUAAAAGUAUUAGCUGCUAAAACCGAUGGGUAUUCCGGCGCUGAUAUAAGCAUUGUCGUUCGCGAUGCUUUGAUGCAGCCCGUUCGUAAAGUUCAGUCGGCCACACAUUUCAAGAAAGUUACUGGCCCUAGUCCAACAGAUCCUAACCUUAUUGUUAAUGACUUGCUAACUCCUUGUUCGCCUGGUGAUCCGGGAGCUGUAGAGAUGACUUGGAUGGACGUACCGAGCGACAAAUUAGGAGAACCGCCCGUCACAAUGUCCGAUAUGUUGAGAUCUCUCGCAACAUCUAAACCUACUGUUAAUGACGAUGACAUGAUAAAACUCAGGAAGUUCAUGGACGAUUUCGGUCAAGAGGGAUAAAUGAAACAAUUAAGUUGAAAUAUUCUAUUUUAUCUGAUUUUAAUUCGCAAACAAUGUAUUAAAGUGUUGUUUUAAUAGCACAGUGCCUAAUAUGUUUCAAAUGUGAUGUACUUUUUAUUUUUAUAAGAGUUUCAUAUUAGGUUAGAUAAUAACAUCUCUAGGUAUACCAUGUGUAUCCAGUAUAGUGGUUACAAUGAUGUCUUCAAUCUUUGUCCAUUAAAUAAAUUAGUCGAGUGUGUCGUGUGCCCAAUAACAUAACGCUUCCAAAUACUCUGCUUGUGAAUGCAAUAUAAUUUUUGAGCUUACGUCAUUAUCUAGAAAAGCAGUAUCACUACACAUGAAUGAUUCAUUUAGAGUUGGUGUAUAUGAGAAAAUAUAGUAAAAAUAUUUUGAUUGUGGGCUCUUAUCUAACAGGGUUUUAAAACACUUAUUUCUUCGUUGGCACCAUCAUAAAUUAUUCUAUUGUUGGUCCAGAAAUGAAUAUAAGUAAUGAAAUGAUAUGUCAUAUUACAUUCCCUUCUCUUUUUCUCCGGUGUCAGCAGAUUUGUGAAAUUUUGUUAUACAUAUUAAAAUUGAACUUGUUUAGACAUUUAAUUUUAUACUUAGUUUAACAGUAACUAUUCCGUUUAUCAAAUCAUAUUUAAUGUUAGCUAAAUAAGCCGAUUCUAAGGUUCUAUAAUUUUAUCUCAAAUAUUUUAAUUGAAAAUUAUGAUAUAUUUUUGUCACUUUUGUAAUAUUGUUUAAGCUAUUAGGUACAACGUUUCCGAUAUUGUCACUAUGUCAUAUUUUCAUUAAAUGUUUGUUUAUUCGUUGUUAUGGAAUAAAGUAAUACGAAUAUAUAUACGAAAUAAA